GCGGUCCCUGAAUAGCCGUCUUCAGUCAAAGAUCACUCGCGCUUUGUCUUGCGCCAGCCAUUCGGGUUCCAUCCUGUGCUACAUUAAGGCUGACAAGAAUUCCCAACAGUGGGACCAACAAUUUAGUAGCAAGGCACUAGACCUGAACAGGCCGACCGUAGUCCAAGGCCACAGAAACUGGAUCGUCAUAUUUCCAUCAGGAUCUUUCCCCCUGCUCCUGGUCCAGUUUUCUUGCGGGAGGCAAAGAUCCACAUUCACGGGUUCCGAACCCGCCUUUUUAUCUUGCACUUGCCUGGCUCAGUGGCUCACUUACAUCAGGGCACCACCACGCCGACGCCGGUUCGAUAAGAUUGCCUUCUCAUUUGCGGCCUUGCAUGUGGAUGCUGUCUCCAGCGCGACUUUUAUCUCGCCGGACGUGCCCUUUUCCAUCGAGGACUACUGUGCCUGUGACUCUACCUCGGCCCCCGACCGUCUAUCACCUCCUGCCUACCCCAUUGAGUCGGGAAUUUUCGCCGUGUCUAUCACCUUCCACAGCAUAUAAGCCUCGAGGGCCCGUCGCAGUCCGCUACUACUCGCAUAGCCCUUUCCAAUCGUCGAUCAUCCCCGCCAAUACCGAAGCAACAAUGGGCUCUCUCGGACCGUACCAGCGCAAACACAAGAUCACGGUGGUGGGCUCAGGAAAUUGGGGAUGCGCAAUCGCCAAAAUCGUCGCCGAAAAUGCCGCCAGCAACCCCGCAAUUUUCGAGGAGAAGGUUGAGAUGUGGGUUUUCGAGGAGAAGGUGGAAAUCUCCAAAACGUCCCGGCACUAUGAUCCCUCUUCACCGCUGUGCCAGGGCCCACAAAACUUGACGGAUGUGAUCAACCAAAAGCACGAGAACAUCAAAUACUUGCCGGGAAUUACUCUCCCCUCCAACCUGCAUGCUAAUCCCUCGUUGGUUGACGCCGUCAAGGAUAGUACCAUCCUUGUCUUCAACCUGCCCCAUCAGUUUAUCAUCAAGACUUGUGAGCAGAUCAAGGGCAAGAUCCUGCCCUAUGCGCGGGGUAUCUCCUGCAUCAAGGGUGUUGAUGUGAACGAAGAAGGUAUCCAUCUCUUCUCGGAGACCAUUGGCAAGAUCCUGGGUAUCUACUGCGGUGCUCUAUCUGGCGCAAACAUCGCGAGCGAAGUCGCACUGGAAAAAUGGUCCGAGUCAAGCAUCGCCUAUGAUCCCCCGCACAUGGAUUCCAAGGCGCCAUCUCCCAAUCGUUCCCCGUCUACUUCGACCGAGAAUCUCGUUCAGUUUGAGCACAAGGAUGUUUCCGGCCAACUAUCGCAGGUGAAGCUGCAAGCGCUGCCGUCCGACUACCCCCCUGUGGACCACGCGGUCCUGAAGUCGCUCUUCCAUCGCCCGUAUUUCCAUAUCCGUGUGGUGAGUGAUGUCGCGGGCGUGUCGCUUGGAGGCGCCCUUAAGAACGUAGUUGCUCUUGCUGCCGGCUGGGUCGACGGCAUGGGCUGGGGUGACAAUGCCAAGGCUGCCAUCAUGCGGGUUGGCCUUCUCGAGAUGGUCAAGUUUGGUGAAAAGUUCUUCGGGGCCACCAUCAAUACUCGAACCUUCACCGAGGAGAGUGCAGGUGUUGCCGAUCUGAUUACUAGCUGCAGCGGUGGCCGGAACUUCCGCUGCGCAAAACUCAGCAUUGAGAGAAAGCAGUCGAUCGAGAAAGUCGAGGAGACGGAACUCAACGGCCAGAAGCUCCAGGGUACUUUGACUGCGGUUGAGGUAAACAACUUCCUGAAGAAGCAAGGCCUUGAGGAGGAGUUUCCCUUGCUUACGGCUGUGUACCGUGUUCUCGAGGGCAGUAUGUCCGUUGAAGAUAUUCCUUCUUACAUUGAGCGAAAGCCGGAGUCUAUCUCUUACGUUGAAACGGGGCGGGUGACCAGCAGUGGAACCAGCCAGGCUGUUUUGAGCGCCAGGUUGUGA